AUGACGGCCGAGAGCGGGCCGCCGCCGCCGCCGCCGCAGCCGGAGGCGCUGGCGGCCGUGAAGGAGGAGCGCGGCGAGGCGGGGGCCGGGGUCCCGGCGGAGGCGGCGGGGCGCGGCGCGGGCGGGCGACGGCGCAAGCGCCCCCUGCAGCGCGGGAAGCCGCCCUACAGCUACAUUGCGCUCAUCGCCAUGGCCAUCGCGCACGCGCCCGAGCGCCGCCUCACGCUGGGCGGCAUCUACAAGUUCAUCACCGAGCGCUUCCCCUUCUACCGCGACAACCCCAAAAAGUGGCAGAACAGCAUCCGCCACAACCUCACGCUCAACGACUGCUUCCUCAAGAUCCCGCGCGAGGCCGGCCGCCCGGGCAAGGGCAACUACUGGGCGCUCGACCCCAACGCCGAGGACAUGUUCGAGAGCGGCAGCUUCCUGCGCCGCCGCAAGCGCUUCAAGCGCUCGGACCUCUCCACUUACCCGGCCUACAUGCACGACGCGGCGGCCGCCGCCGCUGCAGCCGCCGCCGCCGCCGCCGCCGCCAUCUUCCCGGGCGCGAUGCCCGCUGCGCGCCCGCCUUACCCCGGCGCCGUCUAUGCAGGCUACGCCCCGCCGUCGCUCGCCGCGCCGCCCCCGGUCUACUACCCCGCUGCGUCGCCAGGCCCGUGCCGCGUCUUCGGCCUGGUGCCUGAGCGACCGCUCAGCCCGGAGCUGGGCCCCGCGCCGUCGGGGCCUGCGGGUUCCUGCGCCUUUGCCUCGGCCGGCGCCCCCGCCUCUACCACCGGCUACCAGCCCGCCGGCUGCGCGGGGGCCCGACCCGCCAACGCCUCUGCCUAUGCGGCCGCCUACGCGGGCCCAGACGGCGCGUACCCGCAAGGGGCCGGCAGCGCGCUCUUCGCGGCAGCUGGCCGGUUGGGGGGGCCUGCCUCGUCCCCCGCGGGUGGCAGCAGUGGCGGCGUCGAGACCGCAGUGGACUUCUAUGGGCGCACAUCGCCCGGCCAGUUUGGAGCACUGGGGCCCUGCUACAAUCCUGGUGGGCAGCUCGGAGGCGGUAGCGGAGGCGCCUACCAUGCUCGCCAUGCGGCCGCCUAUCCCGGCGCGGUGGAUCGGUUCGUGUCCGCCAUGUGAGCCGAGCAUAAGGUGGAAAAUUCAUAGAUACCUCAGCUGGCCACACGAACUAAGUUUCCCCGAGACCUGAGGACAGGACUGGAGAGAGGACCGAACUGAGAGCCACGUGGAAGGGACCCGGUGGGCAGGAGAGGCGCAACCUGCGGGUGCACGGGUGCACUGCGUUUACACCCGGUUCGCUUUGUAAAUGGGAGGACGUGGGGAGAGGCAGCUGCGGCCCGGGACUGGGACAAAGGGCCCUCAAUGAGGCGAAGCACCAAAGGACACUCCUUUCUGACACUCUACUGGGGAGGGUCCUUGGCGCUAACAAGGGCGCAAUAUAGUGUCUCCACUAGAGUCUAGGACCUGCAUUGUGGGGAACCACAUAGCUCCACUCUUCCCUGUACUGCGGGAAACUCUGGCCUUUGUACACAGUUUAGCCUCUACUACAAUAAAGGCUCCAGUAGGGCCUGCCUUCCCAAGGUGAGGAAGGCGAAUUUGCAAAAGAAGUAGCUUUUUUUUUUUUAAUGGGAUAAAUCUCUCUGCUUCUGGUUUUCCCUGAUUCUGAGAACCAAAGACCUGGCUCUGAGUCUGGAAUGUGCCUCAGCUCGGGAGCGUGACCCAUGCCCGUAACCCACACCCCAGUCCUCCCAUCUGUUAAACUAGAGGGCUGCAAGAUUCGACCCCCAUGUGAUCGUUAAGGGCCCCAUCAUCGUGGAUGCUGCCCUGCGUAUUUGGCAGCAUCGAUGGGCCACCCAGGGCCUCUGAAUAGCCACCCAAAGCCUAACCCCAUUCUGAGGAAUUGGAACAGAGUUCAUGGCGAGUAUCUAACCUAAAGUCACUGGGUUAGCUCCAGGCAGCGAUUAUAUCAUAAUUUCUUGACUCUUUUGAGCAUGAUGUGCUGAUCACUGCUGGGUGACUGCUGGGUCAUAAACGCGCCUGUCCAAUGAGGCAGGUAGAAAUACGUUUGUCCAUUGUCCACUGUUUCUUUUCCAAGCAGCCCUGGACCCAGUGGGCAUACUAAAGUUGAAAGACGUGAUGGGAUUCCUGGGGGGCCUGUUGACGGCUUUCAGUGUGUCCAGCCCCUCUGCCGUACCUCAGUAGCUCCCCAUGCAAAAAGGAAAGAGGAGAAUUAAUUGGAGCGGUCAGUGAAGUAAGCUUUAGAAAGAAACUGGAUUUUUAACUUUGUUUGCUUUCUGUUUGUUUCUUUUAAGCAGCAAGCUGACCAAAAUCAGAGAAAAUCCAAUCACUUUUCCACCUUUCUCUCAAGAAAUCUUGUCAGUUUUGAUUCUAGAGCAAAAAUUUCCAGCGUUAAAUAUUUUGGAGGCUCGGUUCACAGCUUUCAGAUAAAUCUGAGUGUUCGGAUGAAGUGUUUUAAUAAAAAUCUUUGAGAAAGUGA